GAUAACUAUAUAUGUGCGCCGUCAUGAAGAGUUUUCAAACCGAUGAAGGGUGAAGACGUACGUUGGUUCGUUUCCGGUCUGCCUGUACAUUUUUUCUUAUGUGGUGCGCGUUUCGAUGUCCGCGUAGCAUUCCGUAAUUAAAUAGUAAAUUGCCGUUGUGCCGUCGUUUUUUACGCAAAUUCUGGUGCUCGCGAAAACUUUUUCAUUGGAUCAAAUUUUGAUCGUCGAAGUUCCGAUUUUGCAUCUAAUUGGCACAGGGCUCAGGAUUCGGCUGAUAAAUCGUAAACCUCCGCAAGAUGUUCAAAGCGCGACCAAUAUAUGAAGAUGAGCCCGAGAAGGGGGUUGAAGCCGAAGAGCAGGAAGAAGACACGGAGCAGGAGGAACAAGACAUAAAGCAGGAAAAUGAAGACACGAAGCAAGAGAAGGAAGCCAAACAAACGCUGGAGAACGAACAAGAAGAUGACGAUGAUACGAAAAUAAAAGAAGAAGAGGAGCAUCUACUACAGAAGCUAUGGCAAUUGAAGAUGAAAAAGAAACGGAAAUCUAAUCAACAGCAGUACAACAUUUUGCUAUUCGGAGAGACUGGUUCAGGGAAAUCGACCCUGGUGAAUUACUUGACCAAUUACUUCCGUGGUGGAUCGCUGAAGAAGCUUAAAAUCGCUAUUCCCACCAAGUAUCACGAAGCAACAGAGGGUUGUAAAUAUUCUGAGCAGGAUCUCCAGGAUACAACUACCAGCAAAACUCGCGAUUGUAUCGACUACGAGUUUACCAAAUCAAAUGAUUGUUUCAACUUCAUUGACACCCCUGGGCUGAGCGACACUGAAGGGACCACAAAGGAUGAUGAGCACAUCAUGAAAAUAAUGACGGCUGCUGAGAAUAGGGGAACGCUGUCUGCUAUCGUGAUUGUUAUCAAUGGAACGGUGGCAAGAGCCACCGUAAACUUGCGUAAUACGUUGACUUUGUUGAAGGGAUCUGUACCGGAUGUACUGCUGAAAAACCUGCUUGUUGUGCUAACUAACUGCACAAAAGCCACAGCAAACUUCGAAUUGAAGCAGUUGGAACCGUGGGUAGUACCGAAGGAUAACGUAUUCUAUAUGAACAAUUCCGCUCUGUGUAUGCCGGUGGAGCAGUGGAAGGAUGACGAUGAAUUGAGAGAGGAUGUGGAAGCUCACUGGAAGAAAUCCAUGAGGGCGAUGGAAGCCUUGACGAAAAAGAUCAGACAGCUGGGCUACAAAGUAACCCAUGCAUUCAAGGACAUGCGGCUGAAAAGAAAUAAAAUCAAGGCAGAACUGCAUGGAAUCUUGCUGGAAGUGAAGAAACUCCAGAAAAUGCAAGAUGAGCUAAACUGCGCUCAGAGCGCUGAGAAAGAUGUCGCCAGCGACAUACAAAAGUAUUCGAACUUCAAACAAACGAAGCAGGUGGAUUACACGGAGCUUGAGGACGCUGAUUAUCACAGCACAAUUUGCAUGACGCACUCAAAAGUUUGUCAUGAAAAAUGCGGUCUGAAUUACACGCAAACACAAGGGGCAGAAAUCUUCAAGGGUUGUUCGUGCAUGAGUGGGUCUCGAUGUGGACAGUGUGAAUGUCCACAUUCAACACAUUAUCACGAUAGGAAGAAGCCGGUAAAAAAGUCAAAAACCGUCGACGAUAUCCUCCAUGAUGUGAAGGCCCUGUACGACCAGCACUCGAACAAGAAAAUCGUUCUUCGGAGAAAGAUCAGUAACCUGAAUUCUGACAUCGGAUCGCUGAAACGCGCCCUCGACUCAAAGGAAGGAGAUAUUAAGAAAUGCUGCGAAGAGUUAAAAACGCUCUGCUCGCAGUUUAAUUUCGUGGAUGAGCUGCAAAGUAUCAUUGAUACGAUGGAGCGUGACGCUCGCACACUUACGAACAUGGCGGCAAGACAGGACGCAGACAAACGCAUCAACAACUUCGUGCACCUUGCCAAUGAACUCUCGGAGAGCAAGUAAAGCCGCCGAAUUUUUUCAUCGUAAUUUUGAACUGAAAUCCUUUCUUAAACGUUGAACUGUUUAUGCGUAUGCAAUAAGUAAACUAAACAGCAAUUGCUGUCAGGGGAGCACUGUAUGCUCCAUAGCACAAAGCUUUAUCGCGCUUAGUAGCUGUAGCUUGUAAAGAAAUGCAUUGAAUUCGAAUAAACGCUAUGAUACAUGUGUUGAAAUUUAUAAUCAA